UUUAACCGUUGAGCUAUUGAGGUACGUAGGUACCACAUGUAUUUUAUUCGCAAAAGCAUGCUAACAUUAUGUCCUACUGCGCAUCGCGGUAACACGAGAGACGUAAAUGAAUGGCAUUCUCAGCGGCGCGGCGAUAGGUAGGUAAGUAGGAGUAUAUUAUGUAGUUGCUUGUUGUUUUCUUGCGUCAAUAUUGACUCACAAUGUAAAUCACAGAAGUGGCUAACAAACAAGUCGGCGCGGCGUGACUGUGCUCAUGCACGAGUCGAUCGGUCAAAGCGAAGCGUCCAUGACACCUAAACGAGCUAGCAGCACCUCUGCUAUCUGCUGGGUUGAUAACGCGCAUUAUCGGGCUGUCGGUUGCCACAACGCUCGACGCGGGAGGGACGAGUGUUGGGUGGCGCUGUCGAGCUGGGGCACAGCCGACGUCGCUCGCACAUGUUGCGGAACGUGCGGGGCGGCGGGCGCGCGGGGCGGCGGCCGGGAGCGCCAGGGACGGCGUCAGCACACGGCGCGCGCACGCACACACGCGCCGCGCCGACACGACGCCCGCGCCCGAAGAGCGUCACCACGUCACCGCGCCUUAUCGCAGCCAUCUUUAAACGAGCACGCUGCACGCCAUCGCUGGUACGAAUUCCUGAGCGGCGAGCGAGCUCUGUUGCCACGAUCGCCGUCGACUGCACUGACGCCCGAGCACUCCUUUCAUUGUCCUCUACGCCCGCGUCGCUUAGCGGCCACCUUCUUCAAGGUUAUGCGGAGUAUGCUACAACAGAUGUCCUCGCCGCAGAGCGCGCAACUCGGCGAGGUCGCGACUCUCGUGCGCCCGCUCGAAGGCCGCCUGUGCGGCGACGCAUCUUCGGAGGCCUCCUCGGACGCCGCGGAAGAUUUUGAAUUGCCGCAGUGCAAGAUAAAGCGAAACUACAACUGCACGAAGUGCACGUUCUACACGCAAAACCCGCGCGCUUAUCUCGUGCACACGCGUGACGUUCACUUCGAAAGACUCAAGAUUUACGACUGCCCCUAUUGCAUUUAUGCUUCCCGGCAUCAACAGAAACUCACGAGACACGUGAAGAUGGUCCACGAAUCUCCCUCCGUCAAGGAGACGGGAACGUUACUACCGCCCACUUUGCAAACCUCGGAGCCGAUAGAGAAGAUGGAAGAGUUGCUCGAGGAAGUGGAGGAGUGCGACGACAUGCAAAUAGACGUGGAGGACUACAACGAAGAGGCACUCGAGCGCAACUUCGAGACCGAGGCCGCGAGCGCAAACGACGCGGCACCUGACCAGCCGACAGACAGGAGCAAUUUCUUUCCCUGCAGCAAAUGCAACUACGUCACCCAUAUAAGAUCGAGAUACACGAAACACGUUAAAUAUCAUUCGAUGCCUAUGAUUAAGUGCACUAUGUGCGACUUUCGCACGCCUUACAAGUGGAACUUGGAUCGACAUAUGAAAAACCACGGUGGGAACGGGAGUUUUCACUGUACCAUGUGUAACUUCACGGCGGAUAUCAGGCAGAGUUUGACAGUGCACGAAAUGAAUCACCACUCGCCGCCCGUUGGCCAAACGGGUUCCAACCGGCGCCGCAACCGGGUGGGUGCCAGCGACUUGCCCGCUGGAGUCGACACGGCGGACGCUAGCGCUCUCAUUUUGAAAGAGGAGGAAGGAAGUGGAGACUCACGUUCGUCGCACUCUGCAUCGGAAAUGGGACUUCAAUACAUGGACAAAGAAGUUAUAAGCUGUAACAGCGAUUCCAACGAAGCGUCUACAUCGGAAACUCCCAAAAACGAAAAUAUGCAAUUGUCUAAGGAACCUGAAGUCGAAGUAGCCCUUACAUCAGAUGAAGCCAAACACCAAAAACAAAGUAGAAAAGCGCCAAGACCAAUCCCACAACUUAUACCCCUAAAUGCUUCAACUCCUAAUCAAACUAAGCCUCUUCCUGGUGAACCACCAGCUAAGAAGUUUAAAGAGUCAUCAAAAAUACAAACAGCAGACAUGCAAAAAAUAGACACUUUACCUAUCGACAUAACUUUAACUCCAGUAAAUAAUCUGGCUGCAAAAGAUACGUCCAUCCGGAAAAAGAAUGAAUCUUUUUUUGACCGCCUGAAGGAGAGAUUACUGACUGAAACUGGCGAAGAAGGUACUCUUGUAUGUAAAAAUUGCAGAUUUGAAAGUAAAUGUUUAUCUGAGCAUUCAGUUCAUGAGAAGAAUUGCACAGCACAGUCGAAUCGAAUACCAGCAAACGCGCUGCAUUCAAGUUUGGGGUCGACACGAUGUCAACAUUGCAGACAUCGAUGCAAAUCAAGCGCUGAUUUAUACCUGCAUAUGCAGACGUGCAGAAAGAAAGACGGUGCCUUUGAGAACACUUUAGAAGGACAUAACAAUGAUAGCACGGGAACCGUAUUGAGCAAUCAAGAAAAGGAUGCGGAACCACAUCCUAUGGAAAACGUAGUUUUUGUUUGGAACGACAUAAGUCAUAAUAGUAAUAAGUUUGAAACUCCAUUAGACAUAAGUAUUAAUGACGAUUCCACCUUGCCGGAGCAGAUCAGAGGCUUCGAGUUGGAUAUUGUUGAUGAUAAUGAAACAAUGAAUUUAUCGCCCAGCCAAGCGGUGGGUAAAAAAGUUUUUAAAUGUCCGCACUGUUUGUUUUGGGCAGCCACUGCUUCAAGAUUUCACGUACAUAUAGUUGGGCAUCUCAACAAGAAGCCAUUUGAAUGCUCUUUGUGUAAGUACAAAUCGAACUGGCGAUGGGAUAUAACGAAACAUAUUAAAUUAAAGUCAGCUCGAGAUCCUGAACACGCAGAUGCAAAAGUUCUUAUGACGGAUGAGACUGGAAGGCGAAACUACAGUAAAUACAAUAAAUUUUUAGCGAUGCCAGUUAUGAACGAAAAUGGAGAAAACGAGUUUCACUAUGUCGACCAAAAUGCAGCCGCUGAUACAGCAUUAGAGGAGGAGUCAUAUAAUGACGUUAACGAGAGUGCCAAUGUAUCUAUGGAGAUGCAACCACUUAAUCUACACACUCAUUCCAUCGACGACAAGUUUGACAUGGAUAGUAGGCUGCAAGAUGGUAAAAAACCUAAAAAGACAAUGUGGAAAUGUAAAAAAUGCAAUUACAAGGAUUCCUCGAAAGAAGCGUUAAUAGAACACGUCCGGGAACAUUCCAAACCAGAAGACUCCGAAGACGUUAAAUCUGGAAAUAAUGCAAACAAGAAACCAGAAAAUAUGCCUGAUCCUGCGGAUUUAGCUUAUCGGUGUGGACAUUGCAACCAACUCUCUAAUUGGAAACAUGUUAUACAGAGACAUUGCCGCUUGAAACAUGAUGGAAUAAUAAAAGUUAUCACAACUGUAAAACCAAAAUUAGAAAAUAUGCCUACAACAUCGACAGGUGAAUUUGGUGGUGAUGUAUGCACAAAAUGUCCAUUUAAGACAAACGAUAAGAACAUACUGGCAGCACAUUUACUUCAACAUCAACCUUCAGCGCAAUCAAUAUUCAAAUGCUACUUUUGCCCGUUUUUCGUCAAGGAUGAACAUGAAUUAAUACAGCAUCUUGUUUUACAUGGCAUUUCGGAUCCAGAAGAAUACAUAUCCAAAGCCAUGGGUUGCAAAUCACCUUUACCAGAACAUGGAGCAAAUCCAUUAAAUCCGUGCGCUACAAAACGACACAGGUGUACAGAAUGCCCCUAUGAAACCAAUAGUAAAUCUCAGUACAUGUACCACGAGCAGUUCCAUCGAUUACCAGCAGAUACUCCAUACAAAUGUCAAGAAUGUAAUUACAGCGUAUCCAAGAGGCAUUUGCUGCAUCAACAUAUGAGAGUUCAUGGGAUUCUUCCUAAAAAGAGUGAAAUGGAGGCUGAGAUGGAAGCAAUGUCAUCGAAUUCUAAUCAGGCUGACGACAAAUCUGAAUAUUUUAAUAAUAUUGACGAAAUUCCCUUCGUGUGGGUAUCAGCAAAAAAUGAAUUUCACAAAAUGUAUAAAUGCCGUUAUUGUUCUUAUGUUAAUUCUCAAAAAUGUAAAAUACCUAGUCAUGAAAAAAUUCACUGUGUGGUGUUUGAGAACAGUGACAUAACAAUUUAUAAAUGUCUGGAGUGUAAAUAUACAUGUGAUAAUAAAGCAGGAUUAGCGGAACAUUCCAAAGCCCACGCAGAAAUAUAUGGUCGCAUUUAUUGCCCCGUAGACAUGGACGUGCCUGACGAAGAACAGAUAGCGAAAUUACGAAAAGUAAUCGAUACAGAAAAGCGAAAUGUGCUCGAGGAAUUACCAAGAGGGGAAGAGCAUAUAGGUGAAAAAGAAACCAAAACUUUGUACUUUUGUCAAAAAUGUCCAGCUCGAUUUUUCGCCGACAGUGAAUUAAAAGUUCAUGAUAAGUUUCAUGACUUAACCUUUUCAAAUAAAUGCAAAAGCUGUGCAUUUUCUGUACCUCAAGACGAUGAUUUAAAUAGUCAUAUAUUCGUUCACACAGAUGAAUACAAUACUAAGACAAAAAUGCUGAAAUUUAUCCAUAAAACUCAUUGGGCUUUCAAAGAACCAAAAUUACAGCUUGUUCACUGCCCGCUUACGUCCGAGAUUACGUGGAUUGUAGCAAACCCCGGUAAAAACUUUGACAUUAAUGAAAAUAACAAUAAAAAAUCUACAGAAACAAAACAUACGCCAAAGCAAUACUUGUGUAAAGAAUGUCCAGCAAAAUUCUUUAAAAAUUCUGCACUAACAUAUCACAUGGGAUUACACGGUGGGGAUGGUGAUCACAAAUGUAAGAAAUGCAGUUAUGCUGUUAAAAAUAUCGGAAACCUAGCGAAACACGAGCUAUUACAUGAAAAUGAGAACAAAUUAUCAACAUGCGAUUAUGACUCUGGAGAUGAUAUGGACUUCAAAAACAUUCCCUUAUCAGGCACAGAUUUAUUUCAAAGGAAGACAGAGGCUCAAAAAAGAGUACUCACGGAUAAAGAUAAGCUUGUUAAACCGAAUGAUCAUUUUCCACCAGUGCUUCAAGCUGACCCACAAUUCGGCUAUUUGAUGCAUGGAAAUCCUGAGUUCAUAUAUCCUACUUAUCUGAAAAAUGGACGUCAGAAAGAAAAACGGUACAAAUGCCACAAGUGCCCAUCGGCAUUUGAAAAACGAGAACAAUAUAAGAUACAUCUAUCAUUACACGGUUCGAAACAAAGGUAUAAAUGUGAACUAUGUGACUAUUCCGUAAAAUAUUAUGCUAAUUAUGUUCAACACAUGAGGAAACAUCAAAUGAACGACGAAGCACAAGCCGAGAGGAAGAAAGGAAUCAACGGACUCGAAGGGCCUGAGUCUGAAAACAUAGAUGUUAAGCCAGAUGAUGGCGGGGAUAAUAUAAAAUUAGCAAUAAAGACUAUGCCAAAAAGACCAGUUAAAAGUGAUUUUCAACAAUUUUCAAUAAGCGAUCAACAAACCCUACGGUUGUUGCAACGCAGGCGUUCUUUGAAUAUUUCCGGGAAAGACGCAAACACCGCUGAUCCGUCGCCUACCAAAGAUCGGAGACAACAUAUGUGUUUACUAUGUCCCUACAUAAACCAGCGUCAAGAUGCGCUCAGUAAUCACUACAGGAGACACGAUGAAACAGACUCCCUCAGCAGUGGUAACCAUAAAUGUAAUUAUUGCGAUUUAGUUGUUAUACAAUCCCAUUUUCUUCGAGAUCAUGUAAAAACUCAUUUUAAUUACCAAAAGCACCAUAACCCUGAAUGUUUUGUGGCUAAUGAAAACAUCAGUUUUACAAUCACCAAAUUAGAUGAAAAUGAUUUCUCAAGUGAUCUCAAAUUAGAUACCCUAAACAAAAACAAAUUAUCAAAUAAGAAAAAAAUAUUUGUGAAAAUCAAAACAGGAGAACUUUUUGUAGAUUAGUUAGAAGUUAAUGCUAGAUGUAAGAUAUUAAGUACCAACUCAUAGUAUGUAUACCUAUUACUGUGUAAGCUAAAAUUAAGUAAGUAAAUGUAAGUACCUAAAGUGGGUAACGUUAAUGAUCAGAUCCAUAGGAGCCAAAAAAUAAAACUGUUGAUAUUCAACCAAAGUCAAGCUUGCCAUAUUAGGUUAAAGAAGUUUCGGCUGAUUUGUAUUUUCGGAUCAUAGUAAGGAAAAAUAGGAGUUAGAACUAGUAGCUAUAAAAAAUGAUUUUGAAUGGCCAGUAUAUAUCAUACAUUACGAAGUUAUUUUGUCAUGAAUACCAAUGUGCCUAAAAGUUCAUUUAUAAAAGUACCUAGAAUAUAUUGUUUUUGUGAAAAGUCCGCAAACGAAAAAUAACAGUUACUGUAAUAUAGACCCGUAAAAAUCAAAAUUGGGCUAUUAAUAUUGUCAAUUCUAACAAAAUAAAAAAUAUAGUUAGAACAUUUUUUAAAGAAGUUAACCGAGUACUUAAUAAUAUAUUUAGCAUAAUAAUAUUAGUAAAACGGCUAGUAACAAAAGCCUAUCAAAUUCUAUUUGCUGCCCUGAGGUCAGAAUUUUGAGCUGUCCCAAAAACAUUUUUUUGAUACAAUUAUCAAAAUUAAAAAUCAAUAAAAUAUAAAAGUACCUAAAUAAUAUAUGCCAUUAAAUUCAAUUAUUAUUAAUGUCCUAACUUAUUCGUCAAAUAAUCUUGGCAAAAUUUGGUAUAGGGAUAGCUUGCAUCCUGGAGACAGACAUAGGUUACUUUUAUCACGGAAAGUUAAAAGUUCCCAUGGGAUUUUAAAACCUAAAUCCAUGCGGACGAGACAUAAGCUACUUUCUAUCCUGGAAAAAUUAGCGGUUCCUGUGGGAUUUUUGAAAACCUAAAUCCAAACAGGUGAAUUCUUGGGCAUUGCCUAGGAAAAUAUAAAAAUUAAUAAAAUUACAAUUGGGUUAAAUCUUAAUCUGUCCAAGGGUUAAAUUCAUUGUUAUAAUCCAAACUAAUAUUUUAAAUGUGAAAAUGUCUGUUAAGUACCUUUUUAUGACACAAAACUUUUGAAGCACCUUAAUUUUACAAAAUUAUUAAGCCCAUAAUUAUAAAUCAGCCUUAUUUACUUAUUAUUAAGAAUAGUAAAAAAGACAUGAGUGGAUUUAAAUAUUGUAAUGUUCAUUGUGGAAUUUUAAUAAUAUUUAUAUUUUAUAACUGAAAAUAUGAGAUUAGUGAUUAAAAAAAAUUAUGCAAGUCCAGUUUAUCCUUCCUUAUUAUAAACACUUGCAAAGGUGCUCUUCUUUUUAUUUAAAAAGGAGCACCUUUGCAAGUGUUUAUAAUGUGUGAGUGCCACACUUUGUGUACCUAUAAAAUUUUAUCACUUCCAUCACGAAUUUCCUUAUGGUACCACUUCAACUACACUUCAGUAGACAACAACAGUAGUUCCAUUGAAAACAAAUUUUAUUGGCAAUAAUUCAAUUUAAGCAGUACAACUACAUACUGAUGUGAUUAUUAUAUUUUAUCAUAAUUAUUAUGUUAAUUUUUUAAAUUACUGUAUAACACCAACAUUCAAAAUGUAUUUAAAAUCAAUAAGACAAAUUAAUACUUUAAACCAGUACUUUGUAGUUUGAAUAUAUUUUAAGUAUCCUACCUAAAAGGAUUCCUCUUGUUGUGAAUAAUCAAAACAAAUAAAUACAUAUUAUAAAUAUGCUG